AUGAAUCAGCUGCGUGGAUAUUUCCUGCAUGAUCUCAUUAAGACAAAGAAGAAAACUCUCUUUCGACGUAUAAAAGAUGCAAUACUCGACGUUCGCUACUUGCUUACCUUUAAUACCCAGUGGAUGAAGGAAUUUUACAUGGAAACCAUUAGCAAUGUAUUUUUGCCGCAAGCCAGGCUCUUUUUUAAAUUCUCCAUUUUAUUCGUUUUGCUGUCUCUGUUAGUACCGUUACUUAAUCCCGAAGGCAAUAGAAAAAGUUACAUAUACCUCUUACGAUCUCGAAGUAUCGGAUUUCUUGUUCUGUAUCUUGCUACAAACAGCUACACCAGUCGGAGGACUAGGAUCUACAUGUUCACCUUUAUCGCGAUAGUUGUUAGCCUGUGGCUAAUAUUUUGCUCUAAACUCUUGAGAGUGGACAGUGAGGCAGCAUUACUGUUAAUCAUUGGAACCGUGCUUUUCCUUUUCGAAAUGGGGCUUAUCGAAUACUCUCUUGUCUUCUGUCUGGGUCUUACUGCGUCAUUGUGCCACAUUGUUGAUCUGCAAUACGAAGCAUGCUUUAAAGACAUGGAGGAUUCAAAGGAAUGCAGAAAAUCCUAUAUUAUGGCUUGCUUUCAGAUAAUAUAUCUCCUCUCACUGGGUGUAAUUGGCAAUUAUCAUUACUUUUACAACCACAGUCGGCUGCUGGCCGCAUUUCUGCGUUUGGGACAGGCCACUUUGGUGAGACAACGCCAAAAUGCGGCACUCAAAGCGCAACUGAAAUGGAUAGAUUCAGUGAUGCCGAGCCAAUUGAGGGCAGAUUUUAUGCGGUUUCGAAGUAACAGCAUCAGACAGGGAGACUGGGACGUCUUCUGUAAUACUUACGAAUGCAUCAGCAUACUCUUUUCCGACAUCGUCGGCUUCACUCAGAUGAGCAGCGGCCGGUCCGCUAGCUCGUUGGUCCGUCUGUUAAACGACAUCUUCAGUCGGUUGGACGACUACGCCAUGAUUCAUAACUGUGAGAAAAUAAGCACCCUAGGCGACUGCUACCACUGCGUGGCGGGAUGCAUUACACCUCGGCGAGAUCAUGCAGUUUGCUGCGUCAAAUUGGGCUUAGACAUAUGCACUGGCUUGGAACAGAUAAAUGCCAUUCACGGCUCGAAGGUGCAGAUGCGUGUUGGGGUACACACUGGCCGCGCUAAUGGAGCCAUUAUUGGGCUGCAUCGGUUUCGAUUUGGUGUUUAUUCCAACGACGUACACAUCGCCAACCUCAUGGAACAGACUGGCAUGCCAAGUCGGGUGCAUGUCUCUUUGGUGACAAAACGGUAUUCCGACACGGUAUUCGAGUUCGAGCUCAGCGAGCCCGUGAAGAUAAAGACUUACGAGUCUGCCGGGAUAGGCGUGCUACCGCGUACUCGAUUGCUUGACACCUUUUUUGUUGUACCGCUUCAUCAACACGCCAAGUCAUCCGUCGAUAUGAGCAUAGCCGAGCCGCUUGAUAAGUCGGUUACAAUUAUGCGGCGUGAAAGUAAGUACUCCAUAAAGCGGAAACCCAUCACGCAUCGCAUGACCCUCCGUCUCCCUGAGCCCCAAAUUGCCAGCCCUCCUGAGUCCCAACAGAAGCCGGAGCCUACCACGCUUUAUAGUCAACUGCUGCUUGCUCGGCUGGAUUUGAUUGCGGCUAAGAUUAAGAGUCUUUACUCCUCAACUGGUGGUGACUUUUCUGAGGACUUCAACAGUCUCCCCCGCACUAGCAAGGCCGUCGAGUACGCUAGACGCGAUGUGGAAUUAAUCUUUGCUUUGCAGGAUGAUCCACUGCGUCAGGUUCAGGCUUUUCACAAAAUGCCGGUUCACCCGGUCCAUCUGAGAUUUAUGGAUGCUGAAUUAGAGAAUCAAUAUUGUAUGUUGGUUAAAGACCACAAUCGGCCCACUUACGUGGAUUCGAUGCGUCUUGGUCGGCUGCUUGACGCUGCCGUUCUACUGCUCUACAAUUACCUGUUCCUAGCCGCCCAGCUAGCCCUGUUUGUCUUCUCUAACUACGCCAGCAGUACAAUUCUUAUUUUGGGUUACACUAGCCUGCCCUUGGUUCUCGUCCCUUGGCUUGCCAUUAAUAUGGCGACGCCAUCUUGUACUUCUGGCACCCAAGAGCGUUCUCUUAAAAAAUAUUCCUGUUCAUGGCCCUUGCUGAUGCGCCUUAUCCCGAGCCAGAUAGCUUCUGUUCUCCUUUGUCUGGUACCUUCUCUCAUUUAUCUUACUCAUUGCGUUAUCACCUUUUUCCUCGAUAUCCACCUAACCAUUCAUGAGCAUAACCUUUGGGCCGCUUCCAUGCUGCCUCUCAUAAUCCCGGUCACCACACGCUACUUGCCCCGGAUAUUGGCCAGCCUACCGAUACACUUGUUGAUCUCCGUUUUUGAGGCAAUGAAGACGCCUAUACGAGGCGCAAAGCAAGAGGACCGACAGAUUUUUCACAAUUUCUCACUUGCUUUGAAUAGCUCAGGCUUGCAGUCCUUGGAGGCUGAUAUCUCCGUUGAUUAUGGCGGCUACUUUGACGAAUUUGAGCAUUCUGAGUCUAAUACCGCCUAUCUUACUUGUCACAGUUUGUAUGAGGAUCGGGGAGAGCAAACAGACCAACUAUUAACUGUGCUGGCCGGCUACAGCUUCUUACUUACAGUAAUCUGGUUGUCUCGGCUACUCGAAUGGAUCACUAGGCUUGUUUUUUUCGUGCAGAACCAGGCGCAAGCGGCCAUAGCAACUGUGCGUGAAUCUCGAAAUGAGGUUAGAAACUUGCUCAAUAACGUGUUGCCAAAGCACGUCAUCCAACGGCUCGGAACCCAACAGUUUUUAGGCAAGGGUCGUCAUUUCGAUAAGUCUAUUAGUUAUUCCACCUCAAUCGCUGAAGCAGGCGUUGUAUUUGCCCGAUUGAUUGACUUUUUUCAAAACUACUAUCGGGAGGAUUAUAAGCGCGGAAUUGGGACCCUCAGCCUUCUGCAUCAAAUUAUCUGCAGCUUUGACGAGGCCUUGCUCAAGGAGUCGGGAUUUUCCGAGCUCGAGAAGAUCAAACUGAUAGGGGACACCUACAUGUUGGCCUCUGGACUUGACGAGAAUAAAGGUCGGCGCGGACGAACGGAAGAUGAUGGACAGUACCAAAAGGAUUCUUUGCCUGAACAAGGGGGUCACAAGACUGAGCCAAAUAAAAGGAACCACCUUAUACAGCUGAUGAACUUUUGUUUUAGGAUGCUUGAGUUGUUGGCCGACUUUAAUCGUGAAUAUGUGUUUGGUGAGACUCUGUUCAAGCUGGCUAUUGGAUUCAAUUCGGGCCCUCUAGUCGCCGGAGUGAUCAGCUAUACCCAGCCAACCUAUGACAUUUGGGGUAAUACGGUAAACGUGUCCAGUAGAAUGUGUUAUACAACAACGGCCAAUACAAUCCAGGUGCCUAAGAAGGUGGCCUUACAAUUGUCGAAAUUUUUCAGUUUCCAGUGCAUUGGAGAAGUAUUUGUGAAGGGCAAAGGAAUCAUGACGGUCUUUAAGUGUCUGGGCAGCUUAAGCGAAGAAGGCCAUACAUUUAGCUGA